CUUCUGGGUUUUGCUUACAAGAGGACUCCAGCUGAGACUGUUUGCAUUGUGCUCUGUGUUCCUGUCACUUCAGUAAAACAGUGAAGCAAAAUAACUUUAACAUAGAAAAGUGGAAACUCAAGGACAGAAGCAGCAGAGUGGCACAGCUUGAAGGUGCUUCUGAGGAGGACCUGAAUCCCAGGAUGACAAACUAGAGCAUUCCUGAUCUUCUUCCACUUUGUCCUAAAAAUCCAUCUCUGUCAUUCCUGCACCUGCCUCCUCUUUUUCUCACCUGCCUACCAAGAUGUCAGAUGAAGACUGCCGCUCCUCCAUAGGUCUGGACUGCUGCAGCUGUUGCCUGGAUCUGGCCAACGGCUGUGAUGACUCCUUGUCUCAGGGACAUGGCCAUGCAGGGGCUCUGCCACCAAGCCCUACCAGCCCCAGUGUGAACCAUUUCCGCCUGCUCCGCAACCAGCUGAUGUACCAGAACCUAAACACUGACAAGCUGAACAACAUCAUGAGGCAGGACUCCCUGGAGUCGGUGGUGAGGGACCCCUGCUUUCUGCUCAAUGAGGGAAUCUGUAACAGCAGCAUUGACCAGACUAUGUUGUCCAUUUUACUCUUCUUUCACAGUGCCUCUGGUGCUAGCGUGGUGGCCAUUGACAACAAGAUCGAGCAGGCCAUGGAUCUUGUCAAGAACCACCUGAUGUAUGCUGUCCGUGAGGAGGUGGAGAUCCUCAAGGAGCAGAUCAAGGAGCUGGCGGAGAAGAACAACCAGCUUGAGAGGGAGAACUACCUGCUCAAGAACCUGGCCAGCCCGGAGCAGCUGGAGAAAUUCCAGUCCCGCAUCCCGACGGACGUGCUUUUGGACAAUCAGAACGUCCAGGUGACCCAAGAGGGACACCAACAGAACCAGCUGCAGAGCUGUAGCCACACCACUGGCUCUGCUGUAUAAGUGGCUCUGCCUUGGGGCGGGCAGAGCCACUUUCUCCUUCCAGUCGUGGACCUCGUUUUUUGAACGUAAGCGUUACUAAAUCGCCGCCGUCGAGACCCCUUCGAGACAGCGAAGAAGAAUCAUCGGUGCUCUGAAUGAUUGAUGGGACUCGAAUGAACUGUUGAUUCUGAUAAGCACAAAACCAGAACUAGAGACGCUCUAAAACUGGUGCCAAGUCAGGCCUGUCCUGUGUACCAUCCAGCUCUUUGUCGUAGUCUCUCUUCUUAGGCAUGAGCAUUAAGCGUAGAGAGGGCAGACUAGCCUAGACAGCGGGUAGGGGAUUUCCCUACCUGGCCAAACUCUCCCAAUAAAAAAAACACCCUCCUCUUUUUCCUAUGAUGAGGUAGAGAGGGUGAGGAGGUGUUGAUUGGGCUUGCCCUGCAGGCGCUAACCUGGAAAGUGCUGGGACUUUGCUCCCUCAUGACCCAGAGGAGACCCAUCUGUGAUGGUCCUCCAAGUCUCAACAAGAUCAGCCCCAUUCGUGUGGAUUCAAGCCAUCUCAAAAUACUUCAAAGGACUACCAGCUGCACAUUUCAGACUAAUAAGGACUUUUUAAUCUACCUAUAGUGUAUGGCUGCCAUUUUCCUGUCCAUCUUAAGCAUAACAAGGAAAAUAUACAGGAUAAGCUACCAAGGUGGAGAUCAAAGCAGUGUACUCCAUCAAAGCUGAUGAACUGCUGCAGUAAACUAACCAGUAUACUGUAAUAUCUCAUAAAUUGUAUUGUUUGCUGUUGGGGCUGCUUAUGAGGGGGACAACUAAUUCUGCUUAUCUUCUGUUUUUGUUAAAUUCAGAACAAAAAUCAUGUGUUUUGUACUAUAGGAGGAAUGUUUUAGGCUUUUGGAAGCUGUCUUUGUUACAGGUCCGUCCAUAUUUGCCGUUUGGUUUGCCUAACUCAAGGAAAACUACAAUGUACAUACAGAUGAAAUGACUUUAGGUAAACACUGUUAGGAUGGUUUGCAAGCAGACAGCUGUAUUUCCAGCAGCCUAUGCACUCCUGAUUGUUUUCUGUUUUGUUUGUAAGUAGUGCCGUCCAGUAUCUGAUCUCUUUCCUUAAUGAGUUGGGACCUUGAAAACAAUGGCACGACAACAGUGCCUGUAAGCGAUGAUCGCAUUUCUGACAAGACUUUGGAUGUUGCUGUUGUUUAUCCAGCUACCAAAGACUUAUUUUCACACAGCAACAAAAGCUAACCAAAUGAGGACCACGUUUAAGAACUUCACAGGAAGAAGUCUUCUUUGUUGUUAGUGCUAAAUGUUGUUAUUGUUUGUUGCUUUAUUUUUGUAAGACGAUGUUGCUGUAAAUUGUCCUCGAAACAGUUGACCAGCUGUGGUUUGUGGAUAUGACUGCACAUUUGCAAUAAACCGUAUGUUU